CCCCCAACCCCUCCUUCAGUGCCUUCCAGCCCCAGUCAUCCCCCCACGACCCCAGGAAGAAGGCUUCCAUCUUCCCAGACGCCUACAGGUGGCCCAUCACCUACCAGGAGGCCUUGAGGUCGGUGCAGCACAUGGAGGCCAGGAAGAAUACAUCUCUCCCCAGGGACCACAGGGAGCACCCCAGACCCCCAGACUGUAGAGGCAGAACCACGGCUCCCUCCCUGCUCAGGGGUUACAGCUGGCCUGCACCUCACCAUACCCCUCAGCCACCCCAGGAGGAGGAGAAGAAGCAGGAGGAGGUAGUAGUGGAGGAGGAAAAGGAGGAGAGGUAUGGGGGACAUGAGGUGGAGAUUGGGAGGUAUCAUCGGGGAGUGCCAGACUUGGGGGGGAGUUACAGUAGCUAUGCCAGCCAGAGCAGUGGCAGGGGGAGUCUGGAGCCUCCAAACGGGCGAUUGUCCAUCUGCCUCUCCCCAACCCUCAUCAGCUCUCCUGAGUCCACUGAGGAGAUGCAGGGAAACACAGUGGAGUCACACCUACAGGACAUGGAGACAUUGAAAAGGAGAAAGGCCUCAGUGGAUGAGAAUUAUGAGUGGGAUUCAGCUGAUGUGUCCAUUCAGCUGGGAGAUCAAGACCUUGAAGGCAGAGGCAUGUUCUCCUCAGUUAGUCUACUGAAGUCUACUCCCAGCAUGCACCAUUCCAGGGAGGGCCUCAAAGAGUCGAUCCACUUCCAGGGUCAUCGCCAUGUGACCAGCCGCCACUCAGAACCCGAACCAGAGACUGUGAUGUUCUGACAGCCCCAUCCAUCGUGAAGACUUCAAACAAGGAGGUGGAAAUAGUGUGCCUUCAUCGGCAAUUCAACAUGGAUGUACAGUUGUCAAAACUCUCAUCCAUGGGAUAAUUCUGACUGACUGGACUGGUGGAUGCUCAGGGCUGAGUAAAGUAUUGACUGGUGUUGCUCAGAGCUGUACCCACCAAAGAGGACUCUUACCACUGAUUCACACAACUUAGUGGUUACAUUGAUUUCUCUCUGCUACUUCUACGGGAUACUUGUACUAUGAAACUUGUUACCAAGUAAGUGAAAAGGCAGAUACAAUCUUGGGUCUUCCUUGCCCGUCAUCAUGGCACUGUGUGCGAAAAUACAUCAUGCAUACUCUUGGACUCACGGAAGAACAAGUUGGAGGCUCUUUUUAUUGCUUUGAGAAAAAGCAAUCCACCACUUGGGCUGGCACUUUGUUCCACUGCUACAACACUUUCAACUUAUGAUAGAACUAUGACGUAUGAUUGAUUUUUCUGUGAGAUGGCGAGAGAGCGUUUGAGAGGGCAGUAUGACAGGUCCUUAAAAUGAAGGAGGACUGAUGGAGAAUGUGCCGAAGAAGUAGGCUGCAUCAUGCCCUUUUCCACGUUGUUUUGUUCCUGGUCGAGUGUGACCGCUUCUGCAGUACAACUAUGAGCUCUGCGUAGACGAUCAAUAAUAUUACCCAGGAGGUUAACUCACUCGGGUUAAUCAGAUGUAGCUCUAUGAAGAAGAAUUGCUUUCUUUUCUACCCAUAUUCUCAAUAUGUAGCUAAUCGAAUCUCUCAUUACUCUCUAUUUUUAACCUCAUUGAUGUUGUGCAAUGUUUGAUCUGUCUAAUGAUUUUUCUUGUACCCAGAGUGCAGUAGUUUUUUUGUGCGUGACUGAGGAGGGUGAGCGCUUGGCUGGUAAUGACCACCUGUUGCUGGGAUAAGCGAAGGCCGUUUUUUUUUCACCAACCACGUGUAAAACGAAUGUUAUUAUCAUUGCGCGUUAUCCGGUGAGAUUUUUGUUGCCGUGUCUAAUUUGGAGAUGGAAACCUAAAUGGUAUUUUUUCAAUAAGUCAAUCUCUGAGUCAUCCUAGUCAGGGAUGGAGAUGGGAAUUUACAGCUUGUUUGAAGAGUUAAUUAUGCCCUAGAAUGCCUUCCAGCACAACGUCUGGUGAUAGAGGAGAGAAAGGAGGGGCGCCGCCGCGGGUGUGAAUGCCUUUUGAGCUGUACACACUCUGUUAUCAGCUUACAACACCAGAUCACCCCACUUACCCUUCAUUUGAAUUCCAUCAAACAUUUGUACACAGAAAUGACUCCCAGAGAAAUGUCAGUUUGUCCACUUUGGGUUUUAUAUAUGUGGUAUGGCUCUCAAUAGCAAUACACUGCCAAUAUACAUGGAAUAUUUUCUCACACCGAUUGUUUCCGAAUCCUCAGACUGAAUGCACAUGCAGUUAGAUGAAUGACUAGCCUAAUCAUUACUGUUACUGUGCUUUUGUAAACAUGCAUUGUUAUCGUGCAAGGAUAAAGGUGAACUAUUUUCAAGGUUUUUGUGCACGUUUGUACUUAAAAUAUAUCCUUUUUUAUACAGAAAAUGAUUCAUUGUUUUGUAAGACUAGUGUAUUUCUUUGUAUGAUCUGUGCUUAGUUUGCUGAUGAUGCGCUGUACAAGGUAUCCUUAUAUAAACACAUUUUCCAUAGAACUGAAAAAUAA